AUGCCCGCGAGCGACUAUGACGUCCGCGCUCUUGCGCUCCCAUUAGACGACGAGGAAACAGGCCAGACGCCGAUAUGGAGUCGACGUUCGCAAUCAUCUACCUUCCGGCGCAAUCCCUCGCACCAGAGCCAACAGAGCACAUGGCGGCAGCGCGCCAUGGACAAGUACGAUACACUCUCGCGACGAGUCCUGGACCAAUACAAUAAACUUUCUCCCUUGCAGAAAAUACUCUUCUUCGUUGGGAAUUUGGUGUUGGCAGUAGGCGGCAUACUGUUCUUGGUUUACAAUGAGCGCAUAUUCGGGGCCUUGCUGCCCGUAGCGAAGAAGUGGAGAGACGUCACAGCCGGAUGGCUGAUACUCUGGGUCUUGAUCUUUGUUGUAUCAUUCCCGCCCUUGAUUGGGUAUUCGAGUUUACUCACCAUCGCCGGUUUCGUCUAUGGCUUUCCUAAUGGUUGGUUCAUAGCCGCAACAGCGACAGUCGCCGGCAGCACAGCGUCCUUCCUCCUUUCGCGUACCCUCCUCAAGAACAUGGUCCACCGUCUAAUAGCGAAUGACACGCGCUUCGCCGCCCUCUCCCUGACCCUCAAGCACGAUGGUCUAAAACUCCUCAUCAUGUACCGACUGUGUCCACUACCAUACUCCAUUUCCAAUGGCGCUGUCGCAACCUUCCCAACCGUACACUGGGCGUCAUACGCUCUAGCUACUGCUAUCGUAUCACCAAAGCUUAUGCUACAUAUUUUCAUCGGCAGCCAGCUCGAGAAGAUUGCUGAAAGCGGAGGUAAAAUGGACCCUAGUACAAAAGCUCUAUCCUACGUUUCCAUAUUCAUUGGCCUCAUUGCGGGUGUUACCACAGGCUGGCUCGUAUACCGCAAGACCAAGGCCCGGGCUGCACAGCUUGAAGCCGAAGAGCGUGCGGGUAUUCGUCGUAUGAGUAUCGAAGAUUUGGAGAAUGAAUACGCGGAUGACCCGGGAGCGCUGGAAGCUGCCGAACGGUUACGUGAAGAAGAUGAUGAUAUCAGUCUUCGGACAACCUGGGACGAUGAGUACAGAGAUGAGCCUCCGGAGACGGGUGAUGCCGUGGACAUUGGCGAUGACCCGUUCAAGGAUGGCGAUGCCAGUGACAGCGAGGAGCGAGGACGAGGAAGGCAGAAAUAG